AUGGAGGUUGACCCUUUGGUAGUUGCUAUCUUUGGCCCACCGCCAGAAGGGAUAGAUCUCUCGGCUAAUAGUGAGGCUAAGAAUGCUGCUGUUGUUCUUACCUUGUUGCUUGUCUCUGCUUUGUUUUUGGCUGGACGCAUUGUGAUUAGGACUCAGCAGGUUUAUGGGUUGAGUCUUGAUGACUACGCGAUUAUCGUAUCGUGGGUUUUUGUUGCUGCUACUGGGGCCAUGGUAGUAGUUGUUGGCCAAGCUGGUGCGGGUAAACAUGUCUGGGCACUCACAUUAGAUGACAUGGUCGAGGUAUCCAAGCUCUCAUACAUAUACAGUUAUCUCUUCGCAAUUUCCGUCUUCACAACAAAAGUAUCGAUCCUCCUCUUCUACCGACGAAUAUUUAGCCGCGGCGGCCUCUCAUUCCGGAUUGCCUUUUGGUUCGGCACUGUCCUCGUGGCAUCAUAUCCAGUAAUAUUCCUCUUCACCAUGAUCUUUUGCUGUACGCCUUUGCCCCACUAUUGGACACAGUUUAGGGGAACAGAGGGGACAUGCAUCGACGUUGGCCAUUUCUUCGUCAUCUUGGCCAUUAUUAAUCUCAUCACCAACGUCAUUGUGCUAUUGAUCCCGGUGCCUGAAGUGCUCAAACUUCAAAUGAGUAGAGAGAAGAAGGGAGCUGUGUUUGGCAUCUUGGCGCUUGGAGGCUUAGUCUGCAUCGCCAGUGCUGUACGCGUGUACUAUCUAGACGUCUUCUCCAAAGCCGCCGACAACACAUGGGCCAUGGGCACCGUAGCCAUAUGGUCCUCCGUCGAGCCAUCAAUGGGCAUCGUAUCAGCCUGCUUACCCAGCUUCAAGUCUUUCUUGCGAUACCUGCGCCGCAAAGGCGGUAGUAAAAGCAGAUCAAGUUUCCCAACCAUCUCCAACGGAGGAAAAGGAAACAGACUACGAUUUGAUGAUGAGAUUGCUUUGAGAAGUCAAAUAGUCGGAGGUGAGGGAAGUAUGCAUAGUGGACAGGGAAGUGAGGCUGGAAGACAGAUUUAUGUCAAGACGGAUGUUGAGCAGGUCAUUACUGAGAUACCCGAGGCGAUGAGGCGAAGCAAUGUUUGA